AUGUCUAGAGCACCUAUUAUGAUUGCUGAUUUGAAGCUAGGAAACAAUGUAUGGAAGCUCUCCAUCUGUGUUGUUGAUCUAUGGACUGUAACCGAGCGUAAUGGACAUCAAUAUUUUGAAUGUGUUAUCCAAGAUAGCAAGUGUGAUAAAAUACACGUCGUUACCCGCAACAGAGAUUUCGAUUUGUGGAAACAGAGGUUACAAGAACAUAAGACUUAUAUGGUUUAUAAUGCUGAUUUGUUAAACAAUGAUCUUCCUUUGAAAAUCUAUGAAAAUCUCUUGAAGCUUUUUUUCAAUAGUGGAACCACUGUAACCAUGGUAGACAUACCAUAA